GACUUGGAGUGGGGAUUAACAGGUUAUAACUUCUAAUGAUUCAACAAUUGAGUUGAUUUUUUUAACAUCGGCAUGUAGUAUUUGAGGUGGACAAUAUACAAGCGCUGGUACCGAAAGACAAAUUUACCCACAGUCACAUUUUUGCCAUCGAUAAUUGAACGGACGCUGCAAACUGGUGUAAUUGCAUCGUUAAGUAUUGCCUUGCAUUCUAAAGACUCCAAACUAAUGAGUGUACCUAUAGAUAGUGUGGCAUGUUAUCUUUGUAGCCACUGUAAAAUAUAUACCACUAAACGCCGACUAUUUCGAUUGAACCAAUGGACAUGAUCGAAAUAUUCUUAGAAUUAAAAUGGCAUAUAAUACGAAUAUUAAUUAAACGUAUUUUUUAGGUUGACAUUUUGGAGAUACCUGAUAAACUAGGCAGAUCUGCAAUGUUUUAUGCGGUAUUAUACAAUCAAGAAGAAAUAUUGGAGUAUUUUAUUGAAAAACAAGCCAAUUGUAACGUAAUUGAUAACUUUGGUAAGACUAUGACUAUGACAGCUAUCUCUAAAGGAUUCCAGAGAGUUAUGAAAUUAUUGUAUGAGUAUGGAAAUAGACACGAAAAAAACGUGUUGAAUACUACGUGGUCAGAAAAAUUGGAAAAUGCCAGAAAAAAUCCUCAAAGCGACGAACGUUUAGAUUAUAACGUGGAAAAACUAUUAAAACAGUUGUCACUGGAAAAAUAUUGGCCGGUGUUCGACAAACGAAACAUCCGGUAUAAUGAUUUCUUGAAGUUAUCUGAGCAAGACUUGAAAGAUAUCGGUAUACAGUUAGUAUAUAAUUAUACACAAUUAUUAGUUUUAAAUUAUGAUUAUUUUUAUUUUUUAUUAGAGUGCCUAUGGUUGAGAACAAUAUUAACCAUAUUAAGAGUUAAAACCUACAUAAAUAAUUUUUAAAUUAAUUUUCUUGUGAAAAUU